AUGAACGACUCUCAACCCCCGACUUUUCUACUCGACAAGGGCGAGUCUAUCCCUAUUUCUGGACUCAACCCAGACGCCUCCGAUCAAGAGAACCGAGUUGUACACGGGGAGAUAACCGUUGCAUGGCCUUUUAGUAUCAUAACUAAAUCUAUCGCAUUCCUCCUGGCCGAGGGUGACUUCCGAGUGCGUGUACAGUUCCAUGGUGCAGCCGCAAAAGCCAUCUCAGAUGCAUCGCUAGGCGCAGGAGAUAAGAUUCGUGUGAGCCUAAAAGGCGUUCAGUGGGAGAAGAAUGAGACAAAGACACAGACUGCAGGAAGCACUCUGGCAUGGCAACUAGAAUUCACGAAUCGCCUGGUCAUUGCUAUACGUCCAUACAAUAUGGAACAAGAAACUCUGCUCGAUAUCGAUGCCCCGGCUGUGGAACCAGAAACUGCCGCAGAUGGCCAGGCAGAGAAUACCGACCCAAUCGACAUCGACACAAUACCCGAGGGACCUGCCACACCGGACCCGCCAUCUCCGGAGCCCAUAGUGCCUGCGAAACGUAGCGCUGCAUCGGCCCUUGGUGAAUUCGAGUAUGCUUCUCCCGCUUUUCUCAAACGAGCACGUGUAUCCUUUGGGUCUCUGUUUGAAGGAGGCUUCGAUGAGGACAUUAGCAAGAAGACUAAGCCGAAGAAGCGCUCCCGAUUCAGUAUGCCUGGUAAUGCUUGGAGAUAUACCAGUCAAUCUCCCAGUCCCGGGCCCGAUGAUGUCCCUGAGGAGUCAGAGGAAGAAGAGACACAAGUGAAUGGAAAUCCGCAGCCAAAUGACGACAUUGAGGACACCCAUAUGGACACGCCAUCCAGACCAGCAAUGGUUGAUCAAGGCUCCCAAACCGCAGAUGUCGACUUUACGCCUAUGGCCAGUGUCCAGGUACUGGCCGAAUCAAGACCAAGCUUUGGUUUUACACAGAUGACUCCAACGCCGUUUGCUCGAACAAAGCCAUUUGGUGCAGAUAACCCAGCAAUAGAUCAGUCCCUGAAUUUUGGAGAUGACUCAACAACGCCGCAUAGCAUACCUCCUGAAUCACAUCAAAACCCUUUCAGCCAACAGCCAAACCCCAUGGACACAAACAUGACUUUUAGUUUCACACCACAAACCGUGCUCUUCCCUCAAGCUCCAGCAUUUUUCUCCGGGCAGGAUGAUGUUCCAGACUCGCCCAGUCGUGUCACGGGAGUGGAAGACUACCCGGCCGCGCUCUUGGAUGCUAAUUCAACCUCAUCUAAUCCUGUGGACACUCUGAUGGGGUUCGCUUCUCAUGCGUCGCAACCCGUCGCAGCUCCUCAACAUCCGUUCUCUUCGGAAUCAGCCCUAGACUCGGCUUUCGCCACUGCUGCGCCCUCUCAGAACCCUUGGGCUGCUGAAGAACUACCUGGAUCACGUUCUGCGAACGCUAGUAGCGACACUGAGAAUCCGGUGCAGAUUCUGAGCUCAUCACCUUCAAGGCAAGAAUUGAGGGAUUCAACCGAAGAUCGCCAAGUGUCUCCUUCGAGGGAAAAUACUGAGAUGAAUGUAACGGCAGAUGCAUCGCCCGAACCGACUCUCGAGGACCCAGCAAGUGAAGCCGAAUAUUACCGUGACGGCGGUGAUGAGCCUGGAGACGACUACGAUCUCAGAAAAUACUCGCGCACGCACGAUGAUGACGACGAUAUCGAAACGUCUGAAGAGGAACGAGAUGAGAACGAUGACAAUCCUGGAGCGCAAAUUAUGAACCCUGAGGAAGAUGAUAUGGAUGUUGAUCAAGACGUUGCGAACCAAGAAAAGUAUUCUGGUGACGUCUCCGAAGAAUACGAAGAGGAAAUGUACGAAGAACGGUUCGAGGGUGACGGACAAAGUUACGAAGAGUCUGAAGAUGAUGCAGAAGGUGAAUACUACUCAGAUGAGGAUGGCUACACUGAUGACGAAGAAGAGGAAGAAGAGGAAGAAGCACAAACUCGACUUCGUGCUGCACCUAUCCCCCGAGAGCCUGUCUUUAUCGAUCUGCUGUCGGAUUCCGAAGACGAAAAUGAACCGGCACCCAAGUUGGUGCCAGAACCAGAACCCAAGGGAGAGCCUAAAGAAGAUCUCGAAGAAGAGGUGAAGCAUGAGUCUGACUCAGAGUCUGAAGAUGAGGUUGGAGCGAGCCCAAAGAAUGCACAAGACACAACGCCCUCGCCAGUGCCUGAGGGAAAGGAGGAAGCUGAAAAUCUUGAGGCAGACGAGGAGAUGACUGAACAAGCCCAGUCUCCCUCUGAAGCCGCAGAACCAUCAACGCUGACUACAAAGGAGAUGAACGAGGAUACUGAAACCAAACACGUCACUAAAGAAGAAACGACUCAAGUAGAGAAAUCAUCAGUUCCCAUGCCUCCUGCUCGGAAUGAUUCGAGUCCAGACCGCAAUGAAGAUCCUGGGGCAUCCACGAUAUCUGAGGAAAUCAAGACCAGAGAUGAUUCAUCGCAUAUUGAGAAGUCUGCGGAAAACCAAGAGUCUUCUGCCGCAUCACAUGAUAUGGAGAUGGGCGCACCUACACUCACGGUGGUAUCCGAUAAACCCGAGGAUGCAGCCAUUACCAUCAAAGAAACUACGAGAAUAGAUUCACUUGACGAAACAGCGCCUACCGUGGCUGAGGAAACCGCCGAGGCUAUGGAUGUUGAUGCAGCACUUGACGCACCUCUAGAAGACACUGUUGAGCGACUGGAAACCGAAAAGGUUGAGGUCGUUGAGAACAGUGUUACUGUCAACGAGGAGGUGCAAACCACGAUCACGAAUGCACAAAACGAGACCUCAACAAGUGUCCAGGUCACAGCGGCCCAGGAAGAAUCGCUCAUACAACUACAAGAGACCUCGGAAGAUAAUGCAGCGCCAUCGAACAUCAACUCAACUGGAGGUCUAUCUAGCGAGGGUGAUGCAGAAGUUGACGAAACACAAGAAUUCCACGACGCCAUGAUGCAGGACGAGCCCUCCGAAAAUGCUACUGGGAAAUCAGCUAUCAACACGGUCGUGGUAGAAGAUGCAGAAGAACACCCUAUAAAGGACGGGCGGAUUUCACCUCCACCAACUCAAAUCUCUCAAGUGCAAACCCUGCAAGACACCAUCAAUGUCGCAGUCCAUGACCACGACCAGCAUCUUCCCACUCCAGGCGAAACCCAGGUGAUAGAGGUUGACAUGUCUGACAUACUGCAAACUGUCACAUACGAUGGCCAGACCGACGAAGAGGAUACAAACCCAGAGGAUCAAAUAAUGGCUGAGAUACUGCAGCAUUCUCCAGUGAAACAGGAUGCCCAUCUACCGAUGGAGUCUGUCGCAUUUCCUCCUGCUGCCUCACAAACUAACACAUUUACUCGGACUGAGCAGGCCGAUGAGACACAUGAAGGACCUGCUUCACAAUCUGAGCCAGCGCCUGUGGCUGCUGUUGCCAAAUCCUUACGACCCCGACGCUCUAAGCCAAACAGAGCGUCCGACGACAGCGAUCAAGAGGACCCCAGUAUAGCGCUGAUAGCAGCUGCGCCUGCGACAGGGCCCGCAGACAGUGGUAGCAAGCACAGUAACUCAGUCCCAACCGGGCCAAGCAGCAAGACUCGCAGCAAGACUCGCAACAAGACCCACGAUGAUCCCAGCAUUCAGUUAGCGGGUGGCUUCAGACAGUCAGAGACGAAGAACAAGCGUAAAAGAAAAGCGGCAGAUGAUGAAAGCAUUACCAGUCUGGACAACAGUCCAUCCGGAGCCCAGCGAGUGCUAGGAUCCAUGACUGACCAUGAUGAUCCGAGCAUAUUGCUCGUGAAGGGGUCAAGCCCUCCAGCCCGGCAAACAAGACGUCACAAGACACCAGAUCUGAAGCACGAGACACCUAGGCGCGAAACUCGUUCGGUAUCACGAAGUUUACGGCUACAAGAUUCACCCGAUGCAUCAUUUGCUUCACUAAUAUCCCCAUCAAUCGCAGGGUCCUUCGCGACUGUGCCUGAGGAUGGCGAAGAGGACGUCAAGUCUCUGAAACUACGACUAGUUAAAAACUUGAGGACAGAUUUGCCCGACUUCCUGCCGCUCAAGAGCCUCAGAGGGAAUAUCGACAAGAUAACGGAUGUCCUUGCAGUGGUAACACAGACACCACCGCAACCACAACCACAAAAACAUGGUCGUCUCCGACGUUUCAUGCUCACCUUGACCUUGACCGAUCCGUCUACGGCACCGAAUCAAGUCCGCGUAGCCAAUAUAUUCGGGACCUACCUAACCUCGCUGCCGGAGGUUGAGAGUGGGGACAUCAUCCUCCUCCGACGGGUCAAGGUGGUGGCAAUGACGGGCCGUAACUUCGGCGUCCGGUCAGAAGAUUUAUCGUCAUGGGCCGUGUCCAAGCCGAACGAUGAGCAAGUUCUCAGUCAAGUCAAGGGUCUACCGGUGGAAAUUACCACAGAAGAGAUCGAACAUGCCAAGGGACUACGGCAAUGGUGGAGCCUCCAGGAUGACAACGCUAUGAACAAGAUCCGGAAGGUGACCGAGGGUAAGGAAAACGCCAAAUGA